AAUUUGUGUAAGCAAAGCCUAAAGCCCUCUUCUUGUUCUUGUUCGUGUUCGUCUUCUUCCCCAUGCGUAGCCCACUAUUGUUCUCAGAGGUCGCAUAGUCCCAACACACACGACCAAACCAUUCCCUCAUAUUAACACAAACCCCAAUUUCCAGGGAGGGACCAAAAUUAUACGCUCACAGUUUCGAGAUUCAGACUCUCUCUCUCUCUCUCUCCGCAACCCUUCCAUGUCUGACAUUUGCACCCAGGUAUUGCGUUCUAGGGCAAAUUCGUCCCCUUUUCAUUUCUGACCCGCUGCGCCCAAAAAAACCCUAGGAGAGAGAAAUUUACGCGCAAUUCAACUCCCCCACUGCUGCCCCUGCUCUGCCCUAGCUCCCAAUUUCGCUACCCUAUUCCUAAUUUCAGAGAUUUUAUAGAAUUUGGAUUAGAUGGGAGAUUAAAGGUUGUGGGCAUUAAAGUCGGAAUGCAUGGAUGUGGCUCAGGAUCUGCUCUCCUAGUAAAUGCAGAGGUGGAUUCCAUGGGUGGAGUGGUUGACGGCGGAGUUGGUGUUGGUUUGAAAACAUCUCCGCGCCGAGCAGCAAUUGAGAAGGCUCAAGCAGAGCUUCGACAGGAAUAUGAUGUGCGGGAGGAAAGGAGAAGGGAGCUAGAAUUUCUUGAGAAAGGUGGCAAUCCUUUGGACUUCAAAUUUGGGAAUGCAGCUUCUGUUAGUGUCCAGUCUACUUCCCUCACUGAUCAGCAUCCAGAACAGUUUGUGACCAGUGAAGCAAAAGGUAGUUUUGCAUUGACUGCAUCACCUCGUGGGGACUCUGUUGAAAGUAGUGGUCGACCAGAGGUUCCUACACUUUGUGAACCCAACAGUGCUGAUAAUCUCUUACUUUUUGAUGGGGACAAUGAUACACCGGAAGGGGAAAGGAAAUCUAUGCAUAUUAGUAGAAGAAAUAAAAUUGCUCCAUCAGAACAGUCUUCCCAGAUGGAUGGGACUCAAAAUGCCAAGGAAUCAGAAGACUCAGCGAUUUUCCGUCCUUAUGCUCGAAGGAACAGGUCCAGACCAAAUCGUGAUGGUACUCGUUCAAGUUCAACUGAUGUACAGGGCCGUGGUGGUCAAGGGUCUUCAUUACCUUCUCGCGGGACGUUAAAGAAUCCCAAGGGACCGGUAUUUGAAACAAACAACCAAAAGGACCAGAAUAUACCUUCGGUCACUAAUCUAAAGUCUGUGAAGUCUAAUGGUGAUUUUGCUUCUAGGGUUGCAACUUCUGAUAAUCAGUUGGAUAUGGACUUUGAUGGGGUGCAGGCUCCUGAAAUAUUUACUGGUCCAGCAAAAGAUAGUGCUGAAAAAAAAUUGGAUGUUACAGCUACUGAAAGUUUGAAAGAGAGCCAACAUAAUCAACCAUCUCAGACUGAUACUCAGGAAAUUCCAAUUGCUGCGGUUUCGGGGAGAUCUGAUGAGAGGGAGCCGUUAGCUUCGUCUGUUCUUGAAUGUCUUCGUUGUGAAGCUACUACAAAGACCGAAAUUGAUAUUAGUUCUGUCCAGGUGAAUGGAUUUAGUAAUUUAAAUAGAGAGAGUAAAAGUGUACCAAAUGAAGGUCAAAUUAGCAGUGCAGCGGGCACAAAGGGGUUAGAUUCAGAAUCUUCUUGUACCCAAACUAGUGUAGGAUUAGAUGUAAAUAAUGAUACUGACGUAUGUACUACAAGGAAUGCUGAUAAUGCAAAUAUCAUGGAAACAUCAGAUGUUGAUGGGGCACAAAAUCCAGCUGGUGAUGAAAUGUUACUAGAAAAGAAUGAAAGCAGAGCUGUUGACAGUAGUCCCAUGAUUAAUGAUCCUCAUGCUUCUGAUUUUCAGAACAAUCGGUCAGGCAAUACUGAAGUGAAAGUUGAGGAAGAUAUGAACGAAAGUAGAUCUGAAGUGCGUAAUGAAGUAAAGCUUCAUCCAAACACUGAGGGAGAGCAACAAAGUGGUUGUACUGUAUCAGAAGCUGAAAAGAAACUGGAUGAUGUGGUGGAUAAUGGUUCCAACAUCAAGAAAGAGAACUCUUCUGGCAGACCCCAGACUCCUCAGGAUUUAUCUAUGUGUGAGCCUCCUGAAACUAUUUUGCCAGGGAUAGACUCUGCCAAGGGUUCAGACUGUCAGACUUCUAGUAGUCACUUUAAAGUGGUAGACAAGGCACAUGAAGAUUCUAUUUUGGAAGAGGCUCGGAUGAUAGAGGCCAAGCGUAAGAGGAUUGCAGAAUUAUCCGUUCGUUCUUUACCCUCGGAGAAUCACCGAAAGUCUCAGUGGGAUUUUGUCCUUGAGGAAAUGUCAUGGUUGGCCAAUGAUUUUGCUCAGGAGCGCCUUUGGAAGCUAACUGCUGCUGCUCAAAUAUGCCAUCGUGUCGCUUUUACAUCACGGUUGAGAAUUGAAGAGCAACAACAACAAUGGGGGAUUAAAAAAGUGGCUCAUACCCUGGCAAAUGCUGUCAACCAAUUUUGGCAUUCAGCUGGGACCCUAUUGUAUGCUGAUGAUUCAAGUGAUUGUCACAACAUCACCAAGAGCAAUUUGAAUUCGAGCAAAGAGCCUUGCAAAGAGUUGGAGCUACAAUGGAGCAACAACUUUUCACUUUCUAUGCAGCGGUAUGCAGUGAGAUUUUUGAAGUAUAACAGCUCUCUUGGUCCUCAACUUCAAGCACAAGCUCCUGCUACUCCUGAGAGAUUGUCUGAUUUAGGCAUUACAGAAAUGUCAUGGGAGGACCAUCUUACAGAAGAAAACCUCUUUUAUGCAGUUCCAUCUGGGGCACUGGAAACCUACAGAAGAUCAAUUGAAUCUCAUUUGGUUCAGUGUGAGAGAACUAGCAGUAGCAUGCAAGAAGAGGUUGAUACAUCCACGUAUGAGGCUGGAGCUGAGUUUGAUAGUCGAGAGACUUCCGCAUACGAUGAGGAUGAAGGAGAAAUAACAUGCACCUAUUAUUUGCCUGGGGCCUUCGAAGGUAGCAAGUCAUCAACAUUUAAUCAGAAGAAGCGGAAGUAUUAUAAGUCAUAUAAUCCUAGGACACAUGAAGCAGGAGCUGAUUUUCCCUAUGGACAAACAGCAAAUCAACAGUUCAUGUUGAUGGGGAAAAGGCCUGCUAGUCUUAAUGUUGGUUCAAUCCCAACAAAACGUGUGCGCACUGCUUCCAGGCAGAGGGUUGUUAGUCCAUUUGGUGCUGGAGCUACUGGGAAUGUUCAGGCUCAAAUUAAGACAGAUGCUUCUAGUGGAGAUACUAAUUCUUUUCAGGAUGAUCAGAGUACCUUACCUGGCGGAUCCCAGUUCCCUAGAAGUAUGGAGGUGGAAUCUGUUCGUGAUUUUGAAAAGCAUCCACAAUGUGACUAUGCAGAAACAUCAAAGCAUAAAAAGAAGAAGAAGGCAAAGCAUCUGGUUUCCGCUUAUGACCAAGUAUGGCAGGUGGAUUCACCUACUCAUAAUGAGCAGAGGGAUCAUUCAAAAAAGAGAUUAGAAAGUCAUCAUUUUGAGUCCAAUGGAACAUUUGGUUUAUAUGGGCAACAUAAUGCAAAGAGGCUGAAGAUAUCAAAACAGUCUCUAGACAAUACUUAUGACGGUAUAACUCCAAUGACUGGGUCCAUUCCUUCUCCAGUGGCGUCCCAAAUGAGUAAUAUGACCAAUCCGAGUAAAUUGAUGAAGUUGAUCGGUGGUCGGGACAAGGGACGGAAAGCUAAAUCAAUGAAGAUGCCUGUUGGGCAGCCAGGUUCUGGAAGUCCAUGGUCACUAUUCGAAGAUCAGGCACUUGUUGUUCUUGUACAUGAUAUGGGUCCAAAUUGGGAACUCAUAAGUGAUGCUAUCAACAGUACUCUGCACCUAAAGUGUAUCUUCCGCAAGCCCAAGGAAUGCAAGGAGCGUCACAAAAUUUUAAUGGAUUUGAAUACUGGUGAUGGGGCUGACAGUGCUGAAGAUUCAGGGUCAUCACAGCCUUAUCCAUCUACAAUCCCUGGCAUUCCAAAGGGAAGUGCUAGACAGUUAUUUCAACGCUUGCAAGAGCCAAUGGAAGAGGACACUCUCAAGUCUCAUUUUGAAAGAAUAAUUAAGAUUGGGCAGAAGCAUCAUUAUAGGAGGAGUCAGAGUGAUAACCAGGAUCCAAAACAAGGAACAACAGUCCACAAUUCUCAUGUUAUCGCUCUUUCCCAAGUAUGUCCGAAUAACCUGAAUGGAGUUAUUCUAACGCCUCUUGAUCUCUGUGAUGCCACAUCAUCAAGCCCAGAUGUUCUUCCGACUGCAUAUCAAGGUUCUCACACUAGUGGCUUACCAAUGGCAAAUCAGGGCGCUAUGGCGUCAUUACUGCCCUCUGGGCCAAAUGCCUCAUUACAGGGAACUUCUGGUAUGGUUCUUGGUAGCAACUUGUCAUCACCAUCUGGCCCGCUUAGUGCGACAGUCAGGGAUGGUAGGUACGGUGGUCCAAGGGCAUCUACUUUACCAGUUGAAGAGCAGCAAAGAAUGCAACACUACAAUCAAAUGUUAUCUGGUAGAAACAUUCAGCAGUCCAGCUUGUCCGUACCUGGGGCUCUUCCAGGAGGUACUGAUCGUGGUGUUCGAAUGGUACCUGGUGCAAAUGGUAUGGGCAUGAUGUGUGGGAUGAAUAGAAGCACAAUGUCAAGGCCAGGGUUUCAGGGAAUGGCUUCUUCCUCGAUGCUGAAUACUGGGAGUAUGCUUUCAUCCAGUAUGGUUGGAAUACCAAGUCCUGUAAAUAUGCACUCUGGAGCUGGUUCUGGUCCAGGAAAUUUGAUGUUAAGACCUCGCGAGGGUCACAUGAUGCGGCCUGCCCAUAAUCCGGAUCACCAAAGGCAACUUAUGGCUCCAGAGCUUCAGAUGCAGGUCACGCAAGGGAAUGGCCAAGGUAUUGCUCCGUUCAAUGGGUUGAGUUCUGGCUUUCCUAGUCAGACAACUCCAUCAGGUGCACAAAUGUAUCCAGGCCAUCCCCAGCAGCAACAUCAGUUAUCCCCACAACAAUCUCAUGCAGUCGGCAGCCCUCAUCACCCUCAUCUUCAAGGCCCCAAUCAUGUGACAGGGUCGCAGCAGCAAGCCUAUGCCAUGCGCAUGGCUAAAGUGCAUCAACAGCGGUUUUUGCAGCAGCAGCAGCAGCAGUUUGCAUCAUCCAAUUCUUUGGUGCCGCAUGUCCAACCACAGGCCCAACUCCCCAUUUCUUCAACUUUGCAAAAUAGUUCCCAGAUUCAGUCACAAAGUUCACCUCACCCAGCAUCUAUGUCCCCUAGUACACCUUCUUCCCCAAUGACUCCGGUAUCAUCCCAACACCAGCAGAAACAUCACCUGCCACCUCAUGGGAUGAGUCGGAAUCCUGGUGCAAGCGGGUUGACUAAUCAAAUAGGGAAGCAACGACAAAGGCCACAACAACAUCUUCAGCAAUCUGGGAGGCACCACCCUCAGCAGCGGCCAUUUGGGCAAUCUCAGCAGCAGGCUAAACUUUCGAAGGGAAUGGGAAGAGGGAAUCCAAUGGUGCAUCAAAACCUUGCCAUCGAUCCUAUAAACAUCUCCAUUGAUCCAUCUCAUCUGAAUGGGCUUUCGAUGCCUCCGGGAAGUCAAGCUCUGGAUAAAGGAGAACAGAUCAUGCAGUUAAUGCAAGGUCAAGCUGCAUAUUCGGGGUCUGGCGUCAACCCAGUAACAUCAAAACCAUUGGUUCCUCAAUCAUCAAACAACUCUCCGAUGCAGCAAAAGUUGCAUUCUAGCUCAGCUACCUCUUCGACGAAGCAACUCCAGCAAAAGCCAUCUCAUUCUGAUAACAGCACUCAAGGCCAGGCACCAGCUGUUCCUUCUGGUCAUGCAAUAUCAGCUUCACAUCAAUCUGCAUCUCCAGCAAUUGUGUCUUCCAAUCACCAGCAGGUGCAGCCACAGCAACAGCAACAGCAACAGAAGCAAGCUAAUCAGACUCAACCAUAUGUUCAGAGAGUCCAGCAGAAUCGUCAAGUGAAUUCGGAGCUUUCAAGCAAGCCUCCAAAUGAUUUAGCUUCAGCCGAAGAGCAGCCUGUGAAUAGUACUUCUCUAAUCGGUUCGAGCAUGGCAAUUCCUCAGUCCUCUAUUGAUUCGUCUAAUGUAGUACCGGUUUCUUCUGGCAUUACUCAAUGGAAAUCAUCAGAAGCAGUAUAUGAUUCUAAUCUGCCAAAUUCAACUGCUCAAGAGGGUUCACUUGGGAGCCCAUCACCAACAAAUUCAUCUGGGAAUGAGCCAGUGCCCCCUUUUAGUCAAGGUUUAGGCCCAAGGCAGUUAUCUGGUAACUUUGCCUCUCAUGGACAUAUUGCUGGUGCGCAAUGGCAGCAGAAGCAGCUACUGCAAAAGCCUCCUUCGCUACCACCCCUGUCCCAACAACUCUACGAGCAACAAGAGCAACAGCAGCAGCAGGAACAAGAAUCACCCCAACAUCAACUGCCUUUGCCACAGCAGUCUCAGCAACAAAUGCAGCAUCUGCCAGCAGGGCAAGGUGGUUUGUAUAUGAUGCCUAGUAAUUCAAAAUCAGAAUGAAUGAUUCUAAGGAAUUGAGAAGCUGCAGCAACUGGUACUGCCAGGGUUGGAUCCGCAUGCCCUUGUUACACAGUGUACAGAUGAAGCUGAUUAUUCCAUGAGGGCAUCAACGGAAUUAGGUGGUCAUUGCAUUGGCAGGUUUUGUUAUGGCUUUAGCUGAACUGCUGAAGUGAUACUGCAGGGCAUUUCCCUUUGUUUUGGGAAUCAUGUAAAUUACCACUGGGCUAGAGCUCUGGGAAGAUAGACCAAUAUAGAGGUAUGUGUACAGGGUCUUAUCUUUCCCUUUCUAGUUUCUAGUGCCUUUUUCAUUUAUUUUUUUCUUUCUUUUGUUUAUUUUCCCUGGUCUCCUUGCUAAUUUGUGAGGGACCUUAUUUCUUUUUGGCCCAGUAGAUUAGUGCAUGUAUUAUUACCCUUUCAGAUUAAGGGGGUGCAAUCAUUUUUAUGGGCAAAGCCUUUGGAAAUUUUGUGAAUAUUAGAUGUCUGGUGUAUACAUUGGUCAAUGGAAUUAGAAACUGUCACUGCCAUGCGCCCCUGUGGAACAAUUGUAAUCUGUACUGGUUCUCAAAUCUAUAAUGCAACGAGUCUUUAUAGUUGGUUGAUCCAAA